CCUCAGCUGUCUUCUCUCCCCAGCAAGAGCCCUCCGCAAUGCCAAGACGAAGAAUCUACGCUGCUGGGAGAGAGCCCUACUUCAACUUGAACUCGACAUGGUAUGACCCUGCAGGGUCCUGGCUGGACAACCGUCGUAAACCAUUCCGCUAUGUAGUAAACACCGCCUGUGCAUCCUGCGACAAGAGAUGUGACGUGCCAAGAAGGGGAGGCCACAAUUACAGAUGCUACGGCUACCGCAACUCAUCGUGUAGAUCAGAAUAUAACCCUAGACUCGUAUGUGGUUUUCGCAACCCCUCGGGAGGACCCCGCGACUACUGGGGGAGACCGAUAGGCGAUUCCUGUGAUGGAAAUACCGGUGGAGUCUACACCAACGAAGAGUCAGUCGAUGGAUCGUGCUGCGGAGGUUCAGGAGGAUGUGGUGCUGGAGGUGGAAGCAUGGCAUGCGCCCAGCCGUCUGCUUCAGUGGGAGGAUGUGGAGGAAUAGGAGUAUGUUCUGAGCCAGGGUGCAGAUCUUCAAGAGGGCUGCAAACUUCAGGGGCAUCCGUAUGCGCAGAGCCAUGUGGGAGCACAUCAGGAGGAUGUGGAGGAGGAAGAAGAGGAGUAUGUUCUGAGCCAGGCUGUCGCUCCUCCAGAAGAAGAAGAUCAGUGUGCUCUGAAACAUGUAGCAGAUCUUCCGGAGGAUGCCAACCCUAUGGGAGAGGAGUAUGUGCGGAGCCAUGGGGUUCAUAUUCAGGUGGAUGUGGUAGAGGAGGAAGAGGGGUAUGCGCUGAGCCCUGAGCAAGACCUUCAAGAGUAUGCAGAGGAAGAUUAGUCUGUAUGAUGCACUGAUCUGCUCUCGAUCAUCGCCUCUCUAUAUGAUUCUAUGUGCAAAGCCAAAGCUAUUACAGCCAGCCUGUGCAUUCAUCCACCAUUGAGGAGGGUUGGCAGGUGCACCACAGCUGUUAAAAUUUGACCUUAUUUAUUUGUGUAUUCACUUAUUCGAUGGACCACUUUACAUAAAAAUAGACCCCUUAAGUGAUUUGCCUUUGAAAUCCAGGAAAAAAGUAUAUGGUGGCUUAAGAAAUUAUUGUCUCUUAUGAGCCAUAAUUCUAGAAACCCAUAUUGUUCAGAUUCCAGAGGUCUACUAUUUAUAGCAGGGCGGGCACAGCAACCAGGGGGUCAAAUCUCCGAAUCUCCUCCUUUGCAGGCCACAC